UCUAUUAAUUACCAUAAAUCUUUUAUACGUAAUAGAAUAGUGUUAUACUGGUUAAAUAAAAGUGAUAUUAUUUUAAAUUUAAAUAACAUAGUUGUUUUAAUAUUUUUUUAUAAAAUGAAAAUUUUCAUUUUAUUAACACUAAUUUCAUCAAAUGUAUUAGCUGGGCCAUGUAGAAAUACAAACGCUAAAAAAUGUGGAUAUGAGUCAUGUCAUCCAGUAAAAAUUGAUUAUCUCAAUGUUCAUUUUGUCCCUCAUUCACAUGAUGAUGUUGGCUGGUUGAAGACUGUGGAUCAAUAUUAUUACGGAACUAAUAAUUCUAUACAAGCGGCCAGUGUGCAGUUUAUAUUGGACUCGGUUGUUGAAGCUUUGUCUAAGGAUUCAAAUAGAAGAUUUAUAUAUGUAGAAACAGCUUUUUUUUGGAAGUGGUGGGAAAAACAAAAUGAAAACAUUAAAAUGCAAGUUCGUUAUUUAGUUUCAUCUGGUCAAUUGGAAUUUAUAGGUGGUGCUUGGAGUAUGAACGACGAAGCUAAUGCUAACUACAUAUCAAUAAUAGAUCAAUUUACAUGGGGAUUAAGAAAACUUAAUGAUACGUUUGGAGCAUGUGGCCGACCACACAUUGGUUGGCAAAUUGAUCCAUUUGGCCAUACAAAACAAAUGGCUUCUUUAUUCACACAACUAGGUUUUGAUGGUCUAUUUUUUGGGAGAUUAGAUGUUGAAGAAAAGUCACAAAGAUUAAAAAAUAAAACUGCAGAAAUGAUAUGGAAAUCAAGCCCUAAUUUAGGUCAAUCUGCUGAUUUAUUUACACACGCUCUCUAUAAUCGAUACAGUUCUCCAAAUGGCUAUUGUUUCGACGUUUUGUGUGAAUCAGACCCUAUAAUAGAUGAUAAAGAAAGUCCCGAGUACAAUGUAAAACAAAAGGGAGAGACACUUAUUGAUUAUAUACACAAACAAUCACUCCAAUAUAAGACAAAUAAUAUAAUAUUAACGAUGGGCGAUGACUUUCACUAUACUGCUGCUGGAAUUAAUUUUCAUAGUAUGGACAAAAUUAUAAAUUAUAUAAAUUCUAAACAAUCGAGUGGAAGUAAAAUCAAUGCGAUCUAUUCUACUCCGUCGUGUUAUUUAAAAGCAGUAAAUGAUCGCAAUGAAACUUUUACUACUAAGAGCGAUGACUUUUUACCAUACAAAAGUGAUAAACACACAUAUUGGACUGGAUAUUUUACUUCAAGACCUACACAAAAAUAUUUUGAGCGUAAAGGAAACAAUAUUUUACAAGUUUGUAAGCAAUUGGCUGUUACUAGUCUUGAAGGACAUAAGUAUGAACCAAAAAUUAAUCCUUUAAGAGAAGCGAUGGGUGUGAUGCAGCAUCAUGACGCCAUAACUGGUACCGCAAAACAACAUGUUGCCAAUGAUUACGCUAGGAUAUUAAGUGAAGCUAUAACAGAAUGUGAAGAUGUUUCAUCAAUGUUAUUGCAACGUUAUGAUUCAUCUAGCACUAAAUAUGAAACUUGUAAUUUGUUGAAUAUUAGUGCAUGUACAAUUUCAGAACAAAGUGAACAGUUUAUACUGACUCUUUACAACCCAUUGAGUAGACCGAUAACUGAGUUCGUACGAUUGCCUAUUAUGGAUAAUAAUAAAUAUAUUGUUUUAGACCCUCAGGGAAAAAACAUUAUCACACAAAUAGUGCCCAUACCUCAAUCUGUUUUGAAUAUACCAGGUCGAGAAUCAUUGGCAACAUCCGAGCUUGUAUUUGAAGCUAACGAUUUACCUCCAUUAGGAUAUAAAUCAUAUCACAUUAACAAAGAUCGCAAUAGCAAUAAAAAAAGAAGAACGCAUACAACCCCUACACAACCACAAAUAGAUUCGGUAGACCUCGGUGAUACGCGUUUUGGUUUAAAAAUUAACAAUAUCGACUCGAGGCAAUUUACUAUGCAUAUAAGUGGAUUAGAAGUACCAUUACAACAUGAGUUUUUCUAUUAUAAAAGCAUGAAUGGUGAUAAUAAAAAAGAUUAUAAAAGGGCUUCUGGUGCAUAUAUUUUCAGGCCUAAUGGAACAGCAGUACCAAUUUGCGAUCAUCAUAAUGAAUCUAAAAUAUUUAAAGGACCAGUAGUACAAGAAAUACAUAUAAUUUGUAGUAAUUGGACCAGCCAGGUAAUUAGAAAAUAUAAAGGAGACGAUCAUUUAGAAUUUGAAUGGCUUGUUGGUCCAAUACCGGACGAAGACAAUAUAGGAAAAGAAGUAAUAUCACGCUUUAAAAUACCAUCAUACAAGAAUGACAAAACUUUUUAUACUGAUUCUAAUGGUCGAGAGUUUAUCAAAAGGGUUUUGAAUUACAGAAGUUCUUUUGAUUUAAAAGAAAAUGUAGAAAACAUAUCUGGAAAUUAUUAUCCAAUAACCUCACAAAUAAUGCUGACAGAUGGUAAAACUCAAUUUGCUAUUCUUAACGAUAGAGCUCAAGGAGGCUCAAGUCUCGAUGAUGGGGAAAUUGAACUUAUGGUACACAGACGAAUGUUUCUUGACGAUGCAUUUGGUGUCGGUGAAGCAUUGAACGAAACAUCAUAUGGUACAGGCUUAGUAGUAAGGGGUCAACAUUACUUGACAUUCGGAACAAUUGAUAAACAAUUUUCGGUGCAACGGUUAUUAGCCCAAAGAAAGCUCUUGAGACCCCAAUAUUUUCUAUCAAAAAAAGAUUCUGUUGUUAAACAGAAUGAAUUGCUUAAAGAAAUAACUAUGCAGUAUUCCAGUAUGCGAAAUUCCUUGCCAAAGAAUGUACAAUUGCUGACUUUAGAACCCUGGAAAGAGAAUACAAUAUUACUCAGAUUAGAACAUAUAUUUGAAUACAACGAAGACAAAAACUUAUCAAAACCUGUUACUUUAAAUCUAGAGGAUUUAUUUACAAAUUUCCGAAUUACAUCAUUACAUGAAACGACACUAGGGGCUAAUCAAUGGUUAUCAGAAAAUAGUAGACUUUCGUGGAAGACUGAUGACGAAGACACACUUAAUAGCCAUAAUAUUGAGAAUACUGAUCAAGUAUCUGUUAAUCCAAAACAAGUGGCUUUAACACCAAUGCAAAUUAGAACAUUUGUAGCAGAAAUCAAAACAACGCAAUCAGUAAAAUAACUUGUUCAAAUGAUUUUAUGAAGUUUUUGAUAGCUAAGAAAACUAUAUGAAUUUGAGUUUAUGUUCAUUUGUUGUAAAAUAAUGUAUAAUUUAUUUGUUUACCCAUCAAUAAUAUUUUCACGAUCAAUACAUGUAAAGUAUAACAUUACUAAAGCCUUU